AUGCGUGCUCGCUUCGGCAGCACCUAUACUAAAAUUGGAACGAUACAGAAGGAACAUGCCACGGUUAGAAAGAAUGCAGCUAUUGUUCGGGAAAUCCAGACUGGGAUCGGAGGCAAGCGAGCUGCCCAAGUCUCCAGAGUCAAUGCAACAAGCAACUUGCUCUGUCUUUACAUCAGCCGCUAUGGCUGCAAUGCUGACAACCCCGUUGCAGAAAUUUCCCAGAUGAGUCGGUGGAUGCCAAAGCCUCGGGCAGAGGCCCACGUGCCUAAAAGGAAACUGUGCUGUGAGAAAGGGUCAAAAGAGGACAGCCCGGCGUCCAAGCACCCGCGUCUGGACAGGCUGCCAGGGCCAUCACCCUGCCUCCAGCCCCUGCCUCAGUGCCCUCCUUCCGCAGGAAAGGAUUUGACCAUCACUCAGAUAGGCCACUAUAUCCUUCUGGAGCCGACAGAAGGUGGACGCACCUACAGGGCUGUGGACAGACACACUGAGGCAGAGCUGACUUGCAAGGUUUAUCCGGCAAAGAGCUACCCGGAGGUGAUGGCGCCAUACGGUGCUCUCCCCUCGCACCCCAACAUUGCCCGGGUGGCCGAGGUCAUUGUGGGGGACCAGAACGUUUACGUCUUUUUUGAGCCCGGGAAGGACAACAUGCAUGACCUGGUGAGGCGGCGCAAGCGUGUGCCGGAAUUGGAGGCCGUCGCCCUUUUCCGACAAAUGGCCGAAGCCGUCGCCCACUGCCACCAGCACGGCAUCGUCCUUCGGGACAUCAAACUGAGGAAGUUUGUCUUCGCGGAUCGGGAACGAUCCAAGUUGCUGCUGGAGAAUCUGGAAGAUGCCCAGGUCCUUCUAGGUCCCGAUGACGCCUUAGUGGACAAGCACGGCUGUCCCGCUUACGUGGGUCCCGAAAUCCUGAGCUUCAAGGGAUCCUAUUCUGGAAAGGCCGCGGAUAUCUGGAGCCUGGGGGUGGUCCUCUACACUCUGCUGGUGGGCUGCUACCCCUUCCAGGACACCAAGCCCAUUUCAUUGUUUGGCAAGAUCUGCCGUGGACGCUUUAGAGUCCCCGGCGAUCUCUCGCCUAAGGCUCAGUGCCUUAUCCGGUGCCUCUUGCGAAGGGAUCCGGCUGAAAGGCUGACCGCCAGCGGGAUCCUGCUCCAUCCUUGGCUGGCUUCGAACCCCGUCCCCAAGGCGUUGGGGGUCAGCCCCGCUGGAGGGCAGGGACCGGACCAAGUGGUUCCCGAAAUGGGGAGGUGCAGAAAGGAUUCGGAUAAAUUGCGAGAAGAGGGACAGAUGAAGUGGCCUUGAGGGGAG